AGUCAGCGAGAGAGAGAGAGGGGGUAGAGAGAGAGAGAGGCUGGACUCCAUUAGUGUGAGGGAAAGUGUUCGGGACUCUUCGCCUCUCUCGUCCUCUUCUUCUUCGGGGAUUUCUCUGUGUUUUCCUCGCGGGACUCGGACUCAUACAUGGUUUAAAGAAGGUGGAAGUUGCAGUCGACGGGUUCAGAGUGUUUUUCUCUUCGUGAAGGAUGGCGCUGGACGGGAUCCGGAUGCCCGAUGGCUGCUAUGCCGACGGGACGUGGGAGCUGAAGAUGCAUGUCACCGACCUCCACCGGGACGUGUCGCUGAGGGUCACUGGGGAAAUCCACAUCGGAGGAGUCAUGCUCAAACUUGUGGAGAAACUAGAUGUGAAGAAGGACUGGUCAGACCAUGCUCUGUGGUGGGAGAAGAAGAAGACAUGGCUGUUGAAAACCCACUGGACAUUGGACAAGUACGGCAUCCAAGCCGACGCCAGGCUGCUCUUCACGCCGCAGCACAAACUUCUGCGCCUCCAGCUGCCCAACAUGAAGCACAUGAAGGUCAAGGUCAACUUCUCGGACCGCGUCUUCAAGAAUGUGUCCGACAUCUGCAAAACCUUCAAUAUUCGCCACCCAGAGGAGCUUUCUCUACUGCGUAAGCCCCGUGAUCCUAAGAAGAAGAAGAAAAAGCUGGAGGAGGCAGAGGAGGAGGAUCUUGAGCUGGAGGGACCACUGUUAACCCCCGGAUCAGGGAGCAUCUACUCCAGUCCGGGCUUGUACAGUAAGACAAUGACCCCCACCUACGACUCCAGGGACGGAAGUCCGCUGUCGCCCACCUCUGCCUGGUUCGGUGACAGCCCCUUGUCCGAGGGCAAUCCCAGCAUCCUCGCCGUCAGCCAGCCAAUCUCCUCACCAGACAUCCUGGCGAAAAUGUACAAGCCCCAGUCUCUGCUGGACAAAGCAAAAAUCAACCAGGGGUGGUUGGACUCAUCCAGGUCUCUGAUGGAGCAGGAUGUAAAGGAGAAUGAGGUGCUGCUGCUGAGGUUCAAAUACCACAGUUUCUUUGACCUCAACCCUAAGUAUGAUGCCAUCCGAGUGAACCAGCUCUAUGAACAGUCCAAGUGGGCCAUCCUGUUGGAGGAAAUCGAGUGCACGGAGGAGGAAAUGAUGAUGUUUGCUGCUUUGCAGUACCACAUCAACAAACUGUCAAUCAUGGCUUCAGACAACCACAUGAACAACAGUGAGAAGGAGGUGGACGAGGUGGAUGCAGCCCUGUCAGACCUAGAGAUCACGUUGGAAGGAGGGAAGACGUCCAACACACUGGGUGAUAUCACAUCUAUUCCUGAGCUAGCUGACUACGUCAAAGUUUUCAAACCCAAGAAACUGACGCUGAAGGGCUAUAAGCAGUACUGGUGCACAUUCAAGGAUAUCACAAUUUCCUGUUACAAGAGUAAAGAGGAGGCGCACGGGACACCUACUCUACAAAUGAAUCUAAGAGGUUGUGAGGUAACUCCAGAUGUUAACAUCUCUGGUCAGAAAUUCAACAUCAAGCUGCUAAUCCCUGUGGCUGAUGGCAUGAACGAGAUCUGGCUUCGGUGUGACACGGAGAAGCAGUACGCCCACUGGAUGGCUGCGUGCCGUUUGGCCUCCAAAGGGAAGACCAUGGCUGACAGCUCUUACAACCUGGAGGUCCAGAACAUUCUGUCCUUCCUGAAGAUGCAGCACAUGAACCCCGACCCUCAGUUCAUUGAGCCGAUCACAACCGACAUCAACCCGGAAUGCCUGGUGUCGCCGCGCUACCUGAAGAAGUACAAGAACAAGCAGAUUUCAGGCCGGAUCCUGGAAGCCCACCAGAACGUGGCCCAGAUGAGUCUCAUCGAGGCCAAGAUGCGUUUCAUCCAGGCGUGGCAGUCGCUCCCCGAGUUCGGAAUGACUCAUUUCCUCGCAAAGUUCCAGGGAGGAAAGAGGGAGGAGAUGAUCGGCAUCACCUACAACCGUUUGAUCCGGAUGGACGGCGGCACCGGAGAUGCCAUCAAGACCUGGCGCUUUAGCAACAUGAAGCAGUGGAACGUCAACUGGGAGAUCAAGAUGGUGACGGUGGAAUUCGCCGACGAGCCGAGCCUGUCGUUCAUCUGCGCCGAGGUGGACUGCAAGGUCGUCCACGAGUUCAUCGGCGGCUACAUCUUCCUGUCCACGCGCGCCAAGGACCAGAACGAGUCUCUAGACGAGGAGAUGUUCUAUAAGCUGACCAGCGGCUGGGUCUGAGCUGCACCCCCCCUCCACCCCCCCCUCCCGCCCUGAACAAGCCAGGGGUCAACGAUUGUGGGCCAGGGGGGGCCGGGAGGGGAGCGGUGGGAGUGGAACCACGUUGUAUGGGGUUUAUUUUAUUCUACUUUUCUCAGUCUUUUAAAGUUUUUUUUUUGGAGCUGUGCUGAAGAGUCCAGAGCCGUGCCGACAACCGUGUUCUCUGGUGUUUUGCCGACGAGGUCACAUGUUCUAACACUAAAUUGUGGUUGAAUCAGUUCAGACGAACUUUGAACUUAAACUCCUGUGGUUGAGCAGAAGCCUGUUUAACUAUGACCAUCCGCCACAUCCUCCACCUCCUCCUCCUGCUCCUCCUGGACCAACGGCCAUCAACUUAGCGUCCAUGACUUCCCUUUAAACACCAAAAUUAAUCCCAAAGAUCCUUUGAUUUCCUUUUUUCCUCUUCACUCUUUUUGUCUUUGCCUCUUUCUCUUCUAGAACCGGACUAAAGAGCUGACGUCAAACUGUCGUUGAAACAUGUUGUGAUUUAGUGCCACAGAUGCCCACAGUCAUAUCUAAUUAUUUAUCCUAGAACACGGACUUCCUCAGAGUCUGAUGAAGGGGGGGGGGGAUCUGUAAACAGCAGCGUACAUCCUAUCCGCUCUAUGAAGGGUUUAAUCUCUAUGACGUCACGUGAAAGCACUUCUACACUACACAGUCCUGAUUUGAAUAAGCUGUUUUUUUAUCUUAAAUGUCCUUUUUUUCUUUCGAUGUCUGUGUCUCCACAACCGGAGAGAGUCUAGUCCCUCCUAUGAACUGUCAUCAUAAACUCUGACCGGUGCGACACCGAGAGCCUCAGUUUAGUUUUUUGUAUUUAACGGACUGCUGAUGGUGAGCAUGUCUGGAAACACACUAUAGCUCAGUGCACUGUAACGAGCAUCCCGUUUGUUCAGAAAUCUGGGUUCAAACCAUGGACUGGAAAAUAAAGAUGGACGUGGCCUCUCCGCUUCCUCCCGUUGAACAAAGCUGAAGCUCAGAUAUAAAAAAAUGCGGCCGUCUUGCACUUUUGACUUGAUUUGGAGCCGGAGUCUGGGCAGUACUGGUUGUACUGGAGCCGAGGCGUCGAGGUCCUACCGAUGCACUCGCUCAACCAAUCGCAAUCAUGACGUUUCACCUUAUUUUUAUAGCAUCAAAUAAAACAGUUCAACAAGCAUGUGUGAUAAGAGCUACCUAAAACAACCUAUUUUAAUCCAUGUUCCAUCCACUAACACAGAGGAGGCGGAGACCUUAUACUGCAGCCAACCACCAGGGGGCGAUCAAGACCCUUUUGAGCAGUCAUGUAGUCCAUCUUUAUAUAAAGUCUACGUUUCAAACUUACCUGUUACAAGUCGACCUAACAGCAAAAAUAGCUCAGUCUAAAAAGCCAUGUAUUCUCAUGUUCUCGACAUUUAGUGUUUUCUCAAAACACGUUUUAUAAACACUAAUCACUAAAGUUGUCAGUGUGCGUUUAUGGUGUCUUAUCCUAUCCACAGGUUUUUAUCCUUGUUUUUUUAAUAUUUAAACACUCAAGAAUCGAAAUGAUUUGUCAACAUGCCCACUACGUUUAGAAUGUUCUUUCCUCGUCAUGUGACCUGGAAACUGCAUGUUCAGAAACCAUCAGUCGGCUCCUUGUGGUCAUUCAGUCUUUUGUCCACAGGGUGUUCGAGCAGAGAUCGUCAGGUUUACUGACUGUAGAUCUCACUUGAAAUGUCGAACUAGAUGUUCUUUCAAUUCAGGAACUCUCUGAGUCCCUGUUAAAUAUGUAAUAUCUGCGUUUUCUGUAAAUCGAGUUGAGAUGUACGUCUUCUCUUCAUAGCGAGUGUCUGUGGCCACACGUGUGCUGGUGGGGGUAGAUUAAUGUGUUUUUUAAAACGUCUCAUCCUAUUGGCAGUGAUUUUUCAAAGCGUCCACUCCCUUUGUCCAACCUUAAGCUCGUCUCUUAGGCCACGUUCUGUCCUCUCCUGACCCACAAGUGCAGAUUUAGAAAUAAUGUGCAUUAACAUUUAUCCAGACGUGUGUGUUUUUGGCUGCAUUUGAAAAUUAAGGAUUAUCAUCCGUUUGAUUACAUCCACAUUUAAUAGCCCUGACAUCUCAAUUCUCUGUGCAUUGACACUACAAAACACAAGGGGGCAUCGCUCCCUUCUGCCACCUUUUUCCUCCUUCUCGCCUUUCUGUCUCUCACGCCGUAUAGUAUUAAUAUUGUUGUUGUUAUUCUUAUUUUUAUCAUUACACACCAGCAAAAGGUCACUGAGUUUGAAGAAUGAAUAUGCAAAAUGUUUUUUCUUUUCUCCUGUUCUCAGUUAUGAAGGAUCAGUCGUUAAAGUAUUAUUUUUUUGUAACUAAUGUAAAAACACAAACAUUUUAUAGAAAUUGUACAGUUUUUUUUUCUGCUUUUUUGGGGGGGUGGAAGUUUUUCCUUUCAGGAAAAAAAAAAAAAAGAGAGUGGGGUGUCAUCUGUCAACGUGUAGUACUCAACCGUGCCUGCUCAUGUUGUGGUCUUACCGGGUUUCCAGAUGAAGAUAUAUAUGAUUAUAUAUGAAGAUAACACGAGUCUCAGACUCCAGAUUUGAUGAAGAUGUUUGUCGAGUACAUAUAUUUUUUUUUUGUUCUAAAAAUACAGAUGCGUAUGCCUUUUAAUGUGUUCUUUUUUUUCUUGUAUUACUGCUUAAUUUUAUUGAUUUUCUGCUCUCUCUCCUACCACCUGUGGCGCAGAGUCGCAUUUUACGCUCAUUCUUUCGACUGACGGUAAAACCUUACGUGCAUUUUUUGCUGCAAAUUUAAUUUGCGCUGUGCCAUUUUUUGUUGUUGUUGAAGUACUUCACCUAUUCGUCUGAUAUUGUGUCACAACCGAAGUGUGCCAUUUAAUAAUUGUCCAUAUGAAGGAGUUUGAGACGAAUCAGCAAAAAUGAAGUUGAGAGGAACAUCAAGCCUCGUCUUUGUUCUCUGAUGUGUUUGUUCGCCUCCAGUGUCGGGAGCAGCAGUGCAUGUCCUGCUGCUCUGUUUUCUGACUGUAAAAAUGCAUUUAUUUUAAAAAUAAUAAAGUAAUUUUUAUUUAAA